GCAGGGUGAGGGGAGGGAGGAGGGGGGUUCGGGGGGUUGGUGUGUGGGAGGGGAUUGAGAGUCUUUUAGGAAUCCACAUUCCUGACCCGAGCUCCCCCCCCCCCCCAACCCCCAACACCUCCCCUUCCUCCACUCCCCCUUGAUUCCCAGUUCCGAAUGGAACAGUCCAUCCCAUCCCCUUUAAUCCCAAAAAAAAUUACUUUUAAUUCAGCCUGAAAGUGUUUGAAAUUCCUUCAGUUGAAGCCACAGUUUCCUCUCUCACUCUCUCUCUCCUCCUCCUCCUCCUCUUCCUUUUCCCUCUCUCUCUCUCCCUCCCUCCCUCCUGCCCCCCCAUCUCCUCUCCCAUUCCUUCCCACAGUGGUUUCCUAGAGACGGAGAUGUUCCGUUGUCUUCUGUGUUUGAUGUUCAUUGGGAGAGUCACAACAGAGGGCAGCGCCAGAUUCACCCAGCAACCCGUGGACCAGGUGGUGGUGGCCGGACAGAGAGCCAUCCUGUCCUGCUCCCUCUACAACUACUCGGGCAUCGUACAGUGGACCAAGGAUGGCCUGGCAUUGGGCAUGGACUCGGGCCUGCCAGCCUGGCCCCGGUACUGGAUCGUGGGGGACGUGGAGAAGGGGGUCUAUGACCUGGAGAUACAGGAAGCGGAACUCUCCGACGAUGCUGUCUACGAGUGUCAAGCAACAGAAGUGGCUCUGCGCUCGGACCGAGCGACAUUAACCGUGCUGGUCCCACCGGAGGAGCCGGUGAUCGAGGGGGGUCCGGAGCUCCUGCUCCAAGCGGAGACCCCCUAUAACCUGACCUGCAGGGUCCAGGGGGCUAAGCCAGCAGCUGGGAUUGAGUGGUACAGCGCAGGGGUGAGACAGCAAGGGGACAGUUCCACACAG